CGUCCGUCUCAAGAUGUAAAAAUUACAUGUAGCGCUUCUGUCUGUUAACGGUGUUUCUGUCGCACCAGCGUCUUUUUAUUGAAACCCGGAAGUCAGAAACGCGAUGAAGACGACGCAUGAAGACAUGAAGAGGAGGAGGAGAGAGGCGCCUCAAUGAUGCAGCUUUUUAUUUUUUUCUCUCCUUGCACAGCAUGAAUGGUGUGAUGACUGCCCGGAGCCUGUGACUGGCGCAGGAUAAUUGCUUUUGUUAGCAGAGACAGUGAUUUAUAUUUUCUGUGGCUUUUAUUUUGUCUGACAGACAUCAAGACUUGCUGUGUGGAGACUCUGCUGCAGGGGCGCAGCUGGAAUUUGGGUCCCCUCUGCCCUGGGACCCCCUUUAUAAAUUACAUAAUCAGCUUUUUUGUGUGUGUGUUUUACAUCUCAUUAUCAAAUGUGCAGCAGAAUGGUCGGUCUGACUGAGCUCCUCCGCUGUGCCCUGACAGCUGGUUCAUGACUGAAUCCGCUCUGUGUGUCCUGUCUCUCAUGCCUUGCUCAAUAACUCCACCAUGAUAGGCUCACCUGACCUGGUGGCUUUCACUAAAGAGGACGAGUAUGGGCAGACGACUCCCGACCCCUGGGCUCUGCCUGAGGAGUUCUCUGUCCCGCUCCACCCGCUGGCCGACUCCAACCCCUGGGCGAAAACCUCCUACGCCAAGUUCACCAAAGACUUCAUCCUCAUCUCUGAGUUCUCAGAGCAGGUGGGCCCUCAGCCGCUCCUCACCAUCCCAGACGACCCCAAAAUCUGCGGCACCUUCGAUCUCAACUACUUCUCCCUGCGCAUCAUGUCAGUGGACUACCAGGCCUCGUUCGUGGGGCAUCCGCCCGGCACCGGCUACCCAAGGCUCAGUUUUGUAGAGGACUCGAGGGUGGUGCUGGGAGACUCAAAAGAAGGGGCGUUCGCCUACGUGCAUCACCUUACGCUGUACGACCUGGAGGCGAGGGGCUUCGUGCGACCUUUCUGUAUGGCGUACGUGUCAGCAGAUGAGAGGAAGAUCAUGCUGCAGUUUGAGGAGCUGUCACUUCGUUUCUCGCAGGCGUCCGAGUGUCUGAAGGCGGGGAACAGGAGAGCGUUCGCCAAGGAACUCCAGAGGAAGCUCCAAGACCUGGAGUACACUCACUCGGUGCUGCAGAAGGAGGAGGGCCUGCAGAGAGAGGCGGGGCCUCAGUGCAUGUACUCCGCUCACGCCGUGGAAAAGGCCAACGAGCUUGCAAACGUGGAAAAGAGCAUCUACGAACACAGAGACCUGCUGAGGCAGAUCAGCUCCUACCAUCACCGCCCGCGCCGAGAUCCUCACGCUGUCACCUGCCAGAAAUGCGUCACAGAGUGCUUGAGCGAGUGUGAGCAGCUGUUAGAAAAAUACGCCAAGCUUGCCAACCCCUUCAGCUACACUAACACAGUGGGGGAGAAGGGGGAGGAAGGGCAGGUUGAGGUCGACGAUGAAGGAGGUGAACAUGAAGCGGACGAUGAAGAAGAUGAUGUCGUUAAACGUAGGCCGUCCUACACGCCGCAGCUGAUCAAAGCUAAGUCCGCAAAGUGUUUCGACAAGCGCCUGAAGACCCUGCAAGAGCUGUGCGACGAUACGUUUUAUGAGGCCACGGUGGAGCUCCUGAAGGAGACGGAGAGGAGCUUCAGAGGGGAUCUGUGUUACCUGCACACACGCCGCCUGGAGAGGGCGCUGCGCAGGAAACAGAAAGUUACCAACUUCCUGUUCGAGGAGGACGUUGGUGACGAUGAGGAGGAAGUAGGAGGAACGCUACGACCGUUCUGUGCUGUGAACCACGCUGUAGAUAACUUCACACUCUUAAAUCCACCUCCCAUUGUGCUCGGACCAGAACCUCUGGAGCUGGAUGCUCUGGAGCCUCCAGCGUCUGAGACGAGUCAAACUCAAGAGAGCGAGCUCGGGCUCGUGGAGAAUCUGGAGUCGUCCCCCUCGGACCAGACUCUGGAGACGCAGGAGAGCUCGGAGGAGACCAAAGGAAGCUUCAGCAGCGAUAAGAGCGGGGAGAGAGAGAGGCAGCAGAAUCAGGCUAAGUCAGAAGCUCCUGAUCCAGAUUCUGACCUGACCCCGGACCAUAACACUGACCUGGAGAGGGAGAGCAGCAGUGAGGACAUGGAGACCACUGCGGGGGAGGACGAGGGAGACGAGACGCCCGUGUCUCUGUUGGAGGUGGUGUCUGAGCUGGAGGCCAGCAGGGAGGAUGAGUGUGACGGAGUAACUGAGGAGGAGUCGGACUUGUUGGUUCCUUUAGAUACGGCGUGCUGUAUGGCCCAGGAUGGGUUCCUUUAUGAAGCGUCGGCCCCAGAAGCGGCGCUUCGUCUCGGUCAAAGCGCCCACCCGCAGCCCUGUGAAACCCCGGUGGUCAACCAGGAGCCCCAGGCCCUGCUUCCACUCCAGGACGACUACGCUGUGGGGUCUCCAAGCCCAGAAAGCCCCGCAGCUGGACUGGAGCUGCCUGUGGGGCCCCUCGGAGAUGCAGUUUCCCAUACCUCAGUGGAGGACGGGUCGGACUGUACCAUGAGUGCUUCUACGGGGUCCGAUCGGGCCGCCUCACCUCUUGGCUAUGGCGGGGUGGUGACGCUGCGUCAGAGGAAGAAGGCUGGACAAGGAGCGUUGAGGUUUGUGCGGCAGUACCCUUUUGCCAUGCAGGCUCUGUGGUGUCUGCUGAGCGGCCGGACCCUGGUGGUGCUCGGGGCGGAUGAGGGGAGAGUCCGCAGGCUGGUCUCGGCUCUGGCCCUCUUUGUGCCGGCUCCUGGGAAGUGUGGAGAGAGAGUUCAAGCCUGGCUGUCCUGCUCCUUCACCCUCACUGACCUGCAGAGGUGGAAACUCGUUGGUCUGCAAAGAGUAGCGUCCCCUGUGGGUUCCAGCAUGCUUUACUCGCUGUCCCGCUACAGCCGCUACAUCUCCAUCCUGGACGCCGACCAGAAGACCCUGCGCUGUCCGCCGUAUCGUGGCCAACUCCUCGCCAACAUAGCCGACCACCGCACCUACAUCCGCCGCGGCUCCACCUACUUCCUCCACUUACAGAGCACGCUCUGUCAGCUGGCAGCCAAGGCCUUCCUGUUCACCUUCACCCACCACCUCCACCUGCCGGUCAGCUCCACGGAGGGGCCCGAGGUCGUGGAGGGCCGACGCCGCUGCUUCCUGCAGGAGCAGCUGGGGCUGGAAGAGGAGGACAGCCAGAUACUGCUCUACCUCAGCCAGCUCAUCACUCAGCGGUACCUGCAGCCCGACGCCGGGAGCAGCGCAGCGACUUGUUUUAGUUUUAACUACACCACCAGCGUUUUAUACAAAAUCUGAUACUGGGCGAGGAUUCCCACACACGUUUUAGCAGAAAUCAUCUUUAACCCUUUUGGUUUUUAAAGGUGAUCUUAAAAAGGUCUACGGUUGUUUUAGUUUCAGGACAAACUCUGCACUGGUUUGUUGUUUUAUGUGUGUAAUCUCUCUCUGCCUUGCUGUCUUCUCUCUGGUCUUUCUCUUUCCUCUGUUUGCAGGAAAAAGGAGGCAGAGUGAGGUGUGAAUGUUGGUGAGUGGCUUUCACUUUGCCUGUAUUUGGUCCAGAGCACGUUGACGCUCACUAACACAUAACAGAGCAGACGAAGGUCCGUUCUACUUAUUGUCCUUUAAGUCAUCUGUGUGUUUAAAAAAAAAAUAUCGGUACUUGCGCUGGUUUGUUUAACCCUUUGAAACCUCGAUCAAUAUUGCUUUUCCUUUCACAAUGUACGUAAACCUUUGAGCCCAAGAAAAGUGGUCACUGGUUUCAAAAACACGGUGG